UGCUGACAUUGCAGAUUCCGUCUCGUCCCGUCCAGACUUGCACCACUUCCACUCAACAUCACAAACUUCUGCAUCUUUCAAUCAGGCUCCGAGAACUUCACCACCAUCAUCACCAGUGAUCAUGGCGUCACCCACCAACUCGACACGGCAAUUCUUUCGUGCCUCGGACAUCCAUCCCAUUUCGAACCUUCGCCUCCCGUCAGCACAAGCACAACACAGAUGGCACCAGGCUUGCGCCGCUUGCCAGGUAACAUCCGCAACACCACCCCCGCCGUCAGCCAACAUUCAGCUGCCCCCUAUCGAGUAUAGCUCGCCCAUUCCUGAUUUCUGUUGGGUGGCUGUGCGUUUUCGGACGGCCUCAUGGUGUCUCAACACCACGCAAAUCUGUCACUCCAUCCCGUCAACCUUUCGUCUCUUCACUCUUAGUCUCUCGCCGGCCUGCAGUGGCCAUCCAAUGGCUGGCCGUGAUUGGUUGACCGCACCCUAUCUCGACCUCUUCUCCCCUCACACCAGUUCACCCUACCCGCUCCUUACCACAUCCAUCUCAUUUCCCGGGACACGGUUCAUGUCAGGACGGAUACCAUCACACUUUGGAUGUAACCGCAGGGCUCCCAGUGUCACACACUGCAUUAUGGACAAGGGUCUUUUUCUCUGUUGCGCAGAGCCUCUUCUGCUCUCUGACAAAUCUCCUCCCUCCUCUUUAGUAUGCUCGAAAGAAUGGUUUCCUCCGGGCCAGCCCACGGAAAGUUGGUGGGCUUGAUGCUGUGCAACAUCGACGGGGCCUCAAGUGGUCACCACCCAGUAGUUCUGGAAUAUGGCGUCGCUCCGGCCUCGAAGGUUCCUGUUGCAUUUCCGGCCCCAUGAAUUAUUGCCCGAUUCUUUUCCCCUCUUGUUAUUCGUCGCCUUCUCCACAGUGUAUCUUCAAUGUCGCCGGGGGCGAUUUGAUCACGAUCAUGACGAGACUCGGGUGCGUAACUUGCUAUCACAUC